AUGGCGGGCAGCAGGCUUUCUAAGCCCCAGGACGAAGCGACCAAGAAGAGGAAGAGGGAUCCGAACGAGGGCGGCGCGAAAAAGAAGAGGUCACGGGCGCAGCAGGGAAUCGAGCACGAUCAAGCAGCUAACGGAGACGUCGAAUCAGAGAACAACCUUCAGAAUGGGUCGCUGGCCAAAUCAAAAAGCAAUGGAGAAGCUCUGGCCAAGCGGUCUUCGGAUGGCGAGGCUGGCUGGAGAAUCUCCAAGCCUAUGGGUGGCAGAAUGCUCGACAUUGACCCCAUCCUCACCCAAGACGACCAAUACCUCAUCUUGACAUACAACACCUCCGUCCAAGUAUACACGGCUAGCGACUCUCUCCUCCCGAGACGAAUCCCCAUUGGCGCUGCCGAUGCCACCACGUCAAACGGCACGUCUCCCGCAAACAUUGUUGCGACCCGCCUGUCCAUACAGAACCCUGAAUACCUCUGGGUUGCUUGCUCAGACGGUCACAUCUACUAUGUGAAAUGGACAGAAGCCACUGAGACGCACCAGAGUUUCGAGACGGCGACGGGCACCACCAAAGCGAUGACGGUGACUUCGACCGAGGCUUCUGGCACAAAGGCUGAUGUUGUCGUCGUCGUCGAGGCAGCCAAGUCCGGUAGGACGGAAUUGACUGCGUAUGGCGGUGAUAUCCUGUCGUCUCCAAUCUCAAAGAACCUCCUGAGCGUCAAGAAGUCCGGCAAUGGCCUGCACUUGAUCGAGUCCACCCAAGACGGCCUUGUCUUGGUCGGUGCUGUGAAUGACUCUCUGUUUAUUGGCGUAGCGUCACACGAGCAAUUGACCAACUUUGAAGAACUGCAAUACGAGUUCUUUUCCUUUGACGUGCCCGACAUCAUCACCACGCUCGAUUUCAGGGUAUACCCAGCCUCUGCUCUGUCCGGCAGUGGAAGCAAAGGACGACGCGACUCCGACAAAGUGGUGGACGUGAUUGUUGGCGGCGCACGAGGAGGCAUCUAUCUCUACCACGACGCCCUAGCUCGAAGCCAAUCCCUUGGGAAAGCCGGCAUCCAAGCUCAGAAAUUCCACUGGCACCGAAAGGCAGUCCAUUCCGUUAAAUGGUCACGAGAUGGCAACUACAUGAUCUCAGGUGGCUCUGAAAACGUUCUUGUGCUGUGGCAGAUGGAUACAGUCAAGAGAAACUACCUUCCGCACCUGUCAGGCAGCGUAGAAAACAUUGUUGUUUCAGCCAGCGGAUCAUCCUAUGUCGUGCACCUUGACGACAACUCAACGAUGAUUCUAUCUACUGCUGAACUGACUCCGACCACAUAUAUAUCUGGCAUUCAAUCCGCCUCCGUUGAAGCCACGACGCCCAAAGACUUGCUCGUGCAGCGCGUUUGGUCAGUGGCAGACAGAGUGCGGCGGCCUAUUCCUGCUGCCAUCAAGGCGAACCAGCCCUCCAAGCUUCAUGUUUGUGUCGGCAAUGGCCGCCAGGCAACGAUGACGGGAGACUUCUCGGCCCCCCUGCUGCAGUCUUUUGAUCUGGAGACCUUCACGAGCAUCUCCAAGCAGGCAUUGGCCCGGACACAACCUACGGACGUGAAUCUGUCCAACAAGGGCUAUGCCAUUGAAGAGCCCGUUGUCACGCAUAUUUCCUUUUCUUCCGAUGGAAAAUGGCUGGCCAGCGUCGACGACUGGUAUCCUUCAAAUAGAGAUGUUGGCGCCGUUAGUGGCGACGCCGGAGACCAGUUCUUGAAGGAGAGGCACGAGUCAUACCUGAAGUUCUGGCAAGUCAAUGAUGAGGACAACUCGAUUGCCCUCGUCUCCAGGAUCAAUGCGCCGCACACGUCGACUCAUCCAGAGACAAUCCUCGAUCUCGCCUCCGACAGUGCCUCAGCCUGCUUUGCCACCAUUGCCGGGGACGGCAUCGUUCGUCUAUGGCGGCCAAAGGCUCGCCAACAAGAAGGCUCACGAAACGCAGGUGGCGCUGCGGAGUUUACUUGGGGUUCUUCCCGGAUCAUCCCCAUUGGCGAUGGGCUGGGCCGAGAUGUCAUUGCAGAUAUUCCCAACGACUCGUCUGCUCCUGCAAAACCUCAAGCCCGCAUCGCCUUCUCGGAAGACGGUUCCACGCUAUUUGCGGCCUUUGGCGCUCUUGACGUUGGAGCAGUGUAUGUGAUCAACGCAGCCUCUGGCGAAGUGGUCAAGAUUCUGGAGGGCCUCUGGAAAGGACAGCUGCAUUCAUUGCGAGUGCUGUCGCAGUACCUGAUUGUGCUGUCCGAUGAACUUCACGUCUACGAUGUUGUGAGCGACGAUUUGCGGUACGGAAUCGUGGUGCCCAAGGCUUCCGACUCGGAGGAAUUGCUGCAGCUCGCUGUCGACUCGGUAUCUGGCCACUUUGCCGUCACCCUCCCUCUUGGAAACACUUCCAGCAUAGGCAUCUUCAGCCCGAGCGAGCCUGAGCCGCUCAUCGUCCGCAACACACCCCAUCGGAUUGUGAGCCUCAUCUCAGUGCCCGGUACCAGUGGCUUUGUCGCUCUCGAUGAUGUGGCUCAGGUCUGGACCCUUACCGAGGGCUCCAACGCCUCCAACAUUUUGGCCGCUCAGCCGCUGCAGGAUCUGCGGCUCGACAAUGCCUCUCAGGAGGCCGAUAGCAACAGACUCGCCCUCAUUCUCAACGGAGACGCCGAGAGCGACGAUGAGAUGGACGAGGCCGAAAACGCAGAUGAGGAUGUGGACAUGGAGGACGAGGAGGUCCAGACCAACAUUAUCCCUCAACAAUAUCUUGCAGACAUUUUCGAUGCCGCGCCUCCCUUUGCCGGAGCUUCCGUCGAGGACAUGUUUUACAAGGUCAUUGAUCUUUUGGCGGCCAAGCCACUAUCGGCUGCCUCCUCGUGAUGUACAAAAAGAAAUAUGGCUUUGUCGUGUGACGAAGACCGGAACCAAAAGAGAGAGAGAAGGCGAGCGAAACGUGCUAUUUGGCGCUGGGGGUAGAUCGGAUGUCGGAACAACAUUGCCUGAUUACAUGUAUAUAUCGUCCAAGAUUCAUGGAUAGUGUCGGAGUUUAAUAUCAAUUUGCAUUGCUAA